AUGAUUCCUGGCUUUAAAUCCACGUGGCAAGGACUGGCGCCUGCUGCGGAGGCGGCUGACGUGCCUAGCGCUGAUGGGUGCGUCUCAGAGCCUGGAGCCGAAGCGGACGGAGCUGGGGGAGCUUCAGUCGCCGAAGACCACCGGCGACAUGUGCGAGACUGCGAGGACCCGCACUGCUUUCGAUGCUGCUAUUUGCGGAACUGGCAGGCAUGGAAACUGAAGCUGCCGUGGCUGACUGAUCGCCUCUGGCGUGGCCGAUGGGGUUUGGGAUGCCAGAUUUGCGCGGCCAGCGGCAUGACAGGUUCAUUUGCAACCUCCGGCUUUCACGGCCCUGGCAACUUCAGCAAUGUGCGUAGACAUGAGGUUUCCAGGCAGCAUCUGCGAGCCCUCUCUGGAGCUGGCUUAGACGAGCACGGAGCCCCGUCUGCGGAACAGUUCGCGAAGCUUGCAGAGCAUCGCGGCAGACGGAAGCUCACCCAGAUGCAGGAUUGUCUUGGGCAGGCGUGCAUUGAAGCGGACUUGCAGCUGUUGCUCCAGCCAGGAAGCUUGGUCAUCCACCAGGAUGUGUCAGCCAUGCUGCUCAUGAUGCGGUUCUCCAUGUGCUCUGAAAACCUUACAACGGCGAAGGGCCUGCUGGGAGUCGCGCACUUGCAGGAUGGCUCCAAUGCCUCGCUGCAGGCAGGAGCGCGAGCGAUCGUGAUGAACGUUUGCCAAGGUGACGAGUCUGCAUUUGACACGCUGCGAGGGAACGUUGAGCUCAUUGAUACAGACGCAGCGGCGGACGAGCAGCUCGCGGCACGGCUCAUGCGAAUCUCCGCCGGACUCUUCCCCAACUCCAAGGUAGCCAUGAAAGAUCGCACGCACGCUGCUAGGAGACUCAUGUCGCGUCCAUUCAAGGCAAUCAAUGAGCUGGACGAGGUUUACUCAACUCUGAUUUCUGGGUCCAGCAGCAUCACGAGAACCAUCCAGAGCAGCCAGGUGCUGUCCAAUGCCUUCGCCGGAUACUGUGCCCGCGUGGAGUCGUCUGCUGUGAAGUCCAAGCGUAUCAAAAACCUCAGCUUCCGCAAGCACAGGUUUGACUCUUUUCAGAAGCCCACAUCCCGGAUGAUAUUAUGGUUCGAGGCUGUUAUCAUGACAGCUGUCCACGCGUCCGUCCAUCGCAAGGACGACAGGGAUGGUCAGCGAGCUCGAGACUUCUUAGAGUACAUCUCCGAGGAGAGGAUGCUCUUGCUGGCAAUGGCAGCAGACUUUUCUGACGAGACGACCGCAUUGAUACGCAUGCUGGAUAGUGAAGAGCACGAUGUGUCUGCAGUGAUGCUGGAGGUUGACGUUUUUGCAUCGCGUCUCCGGACCUUGUUCUUGCAGGAGCGAGUUCUGCAUUCGGGGUACACCGAGCACAUGAUGCGGCAGCUACAGGAGCCAGUGGCUUUCAUGAUCGGCGCUCAGCCAAAGACCAUAGGGGGCUCAUCUCUUCCAGCUGCUACUGUGCAGCGCUGCUUGAAAGUCAUGAAAUCACUCGUGGCCUUAUGUCUGGAGGUUCUGGAGUCGGAAUUCCCCAACAUUCAGUUGCUGGCUGCGUUCCGGAUUUUCGACCUGUCGCAUCAAUCUCGCAGUUGCCGUGCUGAUAGCUCGGACAGGGCUCAGUCAACGCGAGACGCGGCUGAGCGCCUGUGUCAGGCAUUUGAAGUUGAUUGCGAGGCCUUUCUCGCGGAAUAUGAGGACCAUCGGCCCAUUGCACAGCAUCACGCUAUCUGCAACAAGGACGCGAGCUCGUUUCAAGCUUGGAAGACAGCAGUGCAGAAAACGUCGGCGCGCUCUUCAACAGCAACACGCCACCCGUCCAGUAAUCUCGCAUGGAUCCUCAUGCGUCUGGGCAGCUUCGACGGGUGCACCACCAGCGGCGUGGAACAGCACUUCGCGCGGAUGCGAAAGAUCAUCACUCCUGAUCGCUCUGGGCUCGGGGAGGAAACCAUGAAUUACGAGCUCAAGUUCAUGUUCGAUUACGAUCGCUUGGGGCCAGCGUCCAUAAACAAGCUGGCCGCGGAAGUCUGGCUCUCCUGGUUCGGGAAGCCUCGGAAUGGCAGUACCUCCCGGCUGGACAAGGGCGUGAAGCGCUCGCACAAGGAUUCUGAUGGACAGUCGCAAGCAGCCUUCGUUGCUCGGCGGCGUCAAAAGGUCCAGGAGGAGAUGGUGCUGUGUGACCCCAACGACAUCAAGGCGGAGGCGCUCGAGGCCGCGCAGGAGCAUAUGGAGAAUUGCGACAGCAUUCAGAACGAGCUUCUGUUCCAGCAGACCAAGCAGUACAAGAAUCAGAUCCAGUCCUACUUGGACGGGCAUUUGCUGGCCAGUGAGGUUGACCCCGAACUGGAGGAGUUGGCAGAAGACUGGGUCAAGCAUCAAGACAAGCUGGAUGCUGAGAGGCAGCGGGCAGCAAGCCGCCGGCAUGCUAUUAUGGCUCCUGCUGCGCCGCAGCUACUGAACCACUGGAUUUUCCUUGAGGACGAAUCGUGGGGCCAGUGCCCAGAGUUGCAGGGGCAGAACCUAAGUGGAGACCUGCCGUCUUGUAAAUUCUUCGUUGUCAAAGACCCUGCACGGCCGGGACAGCGCGUGACCUGGGUAGCUACACUGCAAGGUGGCUGCAUUUGUGACAUCCGUUUCAUGAAAUAUCUUGCCGGCCAGAGAGAGCGUCAGCAAGGGGUUGCGUUCCUGUAUGAUGCGGCUGUAUCUACACGCCGGAAGGUGUUCGUGUGUCCACAGUUUCGGGCCCAUCAUGCCAUUUUGGCGGGGCUUGUGGAUCGCGCUGCAAGCCAACAACAUUCCAAAUGGAAAUUGUUGAAUUCGUGGCAACAGUUUGCAGAGGCACAUGGCAAGGUUUCUGCGAAGAAUCCGCUGGCCGUCGUGGCCCUGACUGUGCCUGCUGUAUGUGAUGACAUGGCUUCACGCAACAUCAUGACGAAGACCUCCUUCAUAGCACAAUUCCGUGCUAUGUCCUGCGCAAGCCGCGGGGCCUGUGGAGCAUGA